AUGGCCUCCACCGCGUCCGGCCCAUACGCCAAGCUGAUUGUGAACAUCAAGAGCGCCCAUAACCUGACCGACCCCACCUGGCUGGGGAAGGCCGACCCCUACGCCAUCUUGAAGGUGGCUGGCGCCGAGAUCCAGACCCAUCACAUCAAGAACGCCGGCGAGAAUGCCACCUGGGACGAGACCUUUGCGUUCAACAAUGUGGCCAUUGAGGACAUCCUGGAGCUGAGCGUGUACGACUACAACAAGGUCCGCAAGGACGGCAUUAUGGGCACGGGGUCCCUGGCGCUUCGCGAGGCCUUCGAGGAGGGGCGUAUCGACACGCGCAUCCCGCUGUCCAACAAAACCGGCUCCAAGGAUGCUGGGGAGGUCUGGAUCAACAUCCGCACGGAGGGGCUAUCUACCGCAGCGGUGGCCCAGGCCGCCGGGCUGGAGACCGACUUCAAACCCCUGGACACGGACACCUCCCGAGAGGCGCACUCCGCGGCAGACAGGCAGGGCGUGGAUGACGCUAGCGGUGGCCAGAGCGGCGCCGCGUGGCAGUCGUCGCAGACGGGCCAGGUGGCCGGCGUCGAGGGGUUGACCAAGAAGACCGAGGGCCUGGGGCUGGGCGACGGCGGCAAUGUGCGCAAGGGCGAGGAGGUCGUCCUGGGCCAGGACAAGUACACCACGACCGAGGACCGGUCGGUGGUGAAGGAGCGGGUGGACCACUUCCGCGAGCACCGCCCCGUGGAGAAGGAGUUUGUGGUGGAGACGCGCGCCACGGGCCAGGAGCGCGACCUGGUGGACCAGCGCGAGGUGGAGUCCCUGGGCGUGAAGGAGCGGAUCCUGAACGAGGAGCCCAUCCUCUCUGGUAAGGAGACCAGCAGAAGCACCACCACGAGGACCGAGCAGAGCAAGUGA